AUGGACGCGGAAACCAGCCAUCUGCUGCCGCAGAAGCAACACCAGCACCAGCACCAGCACCGCGUCCACAUACAGGGCAAGCUAGCCCUCGUGCGCAGCGUCUCUAUCGCCAACCUGCAGGCGACCAACCCCCCGCCAACGUCUCAGGCUGGUAGUGGACGGUUUGAUGGUGCAGGAGUAAGCAACAGCUUACAGUCACGGCAACGGCGGCGAAGCACAGAUGGUACCAGCGAGCCCGCCAACGACCCGCGGGAUACGCAACACCGCAGCUACGGGAUCGGCGGCGCGGGGAACAUCAGACGGCCCAUUGAUAUCAUGGGGGUGUCUUCGCGGCCGUCGCUGUCGCUGUCGUCGCUGUUCUCGAGCUCGAAUGCGGUAUCUACGGGUAGUGGUGACUCGUCUCCGGGCUUGAAGACGGAUUGGAGGAGGUGGGAUCUUGCGGGGUUUCUGCGGCGUAAGGGGAAGGCUGCGAAAGCGAGUUGA